ACCCUAAUUAAUUCUUUUCCCGGAAAAAAUAAACCACCGCCUCGUCCUCGAUUCCUCCGCCACAUCGCCGUCGUCUCCUCCGCCUCCUGUCUAUCCUCUCGUCCAACUAAAAGCACCGGCCAUUGCGGCACCAAGCUUUCCCUCAAAUGCCCGAGACCCCAACGCCGCGACGCGAGAACCCGCACCGCCCCGUCCUCACAUGGCUCCCGAUCUCCUCCUCCGCGCCGCUUCCCCGUGCAUCCACCCCGCCGCGGCCGGCUCCGCUGACUCUGGCCGGGGACAUGGCGCGGUGACGAUCGGUGAUUCGAGGCCGCGCGAUGUUGCUCUGCGGGUGGGAGGAUCUAGUCGGAGAGAAUUCUCAUGCAUCACAAAGGCCUCCAGAGAUCAUUCUGGCUUGACCCGACAACUUCUAGAUUUUCAACAUGAUGCAGUAGAUGGGGUAGGUGGAGAACUUGAUCCGUUCAGGGAGUUGAAAGAGAGGUUCAUGGACUUCAAACAGCGAAACUAUGUGGAAGAUUUUUCUAGUUAUCAAAAUCUUGCUCAGCAGCAAACACCCAAGUUCAUGGUGGUUGCUUGUGCUGACUCCAGGGUCUGCCCUUCGAGUAUUUUGGGGUUUCAGCCUGGGGAAGCAUUCACAGUCCGUAAUGUGGCAAAUUUGGUACCACCAUAUAAGCAUGGAGCUUCGGAGACUAGUGCAGCACUGGAGUUUGCUGUCAACACCCUCCAGGUUGAAAAUGUAUUAGUUGUAGGUCACAGCCGGUGUGGUGGCAUCCAAGCACUAAUGAGUAUGAAAGAUGACUCAGCCUCUGGAAGCUUUAUUAAAAACUGGGUUUCCAUUGGGAAGAGUGCAAGGUUAAGCACGAAAGCAGCAUCUGGAAAUUUGAGUUUUGAAAUGCAGUGCAAACAUUGUGAAAAGGAAUCAAUAAAUAGCUCACUGUUGAACUUGUUAACAUACCCGUGGAUAGAGAAAAGGGUGAAUGAAGGUACUUUGAACCUUCAUGGAGGUUACUACAACUUCAUUGAUUGCACAUUUGAAAAGUGGACAUUAGUGUACCGUGAAAGGCUGGAAGGUGGAAGCAAGUAUGCUAUUAAGAACAGGUCUACCUGGUCUUGACCCAUGAAGGUCUUGUUUACUUGGGUAAAUUUCACUCUGCCCCCUGCAGUUUAGCAUGGUUUUGCUUUGCCACUACGUUGUUCAUUUUCAUCGCACCUUGCUCCAUUGUGGUAUUGAUGUUCUGCAGAAGGGAGUCCCUGUAUCAAGUAACUGUCACAAGGCUAUCGGUAGCAUCCAUUGACACGCAUGGUACUAUGCACUAGCUUGUCAUGCAUUGUAGCAGUUACUUGAUACAGGGACUCUUGACUAUAGAAGAACAAAACCACAAUAGAGUGAGGUGCAACACAAUGAACAAUAUGGUAGCAAAGUGAAAGUCUGUCAAACUGCCGGGGACAAAGUGAAUUUUAUCCAACUAUUUAUGUGUUGUUUUCUGAUUGAAACCAUUAAGCAAUUACAAAUAAGCUGCAAAACAGUCACACGGAUGCAUGUAACCUAGCCACAUUUUGCGUCAUUGUGUCGUUGUAAGUUGUAACAUUUGUACCACUUGGUGUAUCAUUGUAACAGUGAGAUACAGAUAUCAUGCCGGGUUUGUGACUGCACACCUUAUCAAUUUAAUCGUCUUAGAUACUUGUUUGA